AUGAUCCCUCGGUGGCUGCUACUUGUAGUGAGCCUGCUGCUGGCAUUGGCUUGUCAGCCAGUAGCGGCGGAAGCGAACAAACCCAAGGUCAUCUCCCAUAAACUGGACAGCGCGCCCGCCGACCUGUUCUACUUCCACGGCACGAACACGAUCCUAUACCGCGACACUAAGACGAGAACCGCACACGUUUCCUUCGAUGGCGGCGAUAAAUGGGAUAAGAUCAAUGGUGCAGAUGAUAGCAUGGCAGGCAAGGCCGAGCUGAUCUGGAAGCACCCUUACGAUAAGAAUCGCGCUUACAUCCUCGGCCAAGGUGGAAAACACUGGAUCACUACCGAUCAGGCUAAAACUUGGAGUUCCUUUAAGGUGGAUGUCGCGCCUUUCGCGUCCAUGCGGUCGUUCCCACUGGAGUUCAAUGGCUGGGAUCCUAAGAAGGUUAUCUUCAUGGGCCUGGGCGAUUGUUCUCUUCUUGGCUGUAUGCCUGUGGCCUACUACACGGUGGAUGACUUCAAAACCGUCAAGCCAUUGCGAGAACCUGCGUUCCAAUGUAUGUGGGCCGCAAGCCGCCCGCAGUUCGCGUUGGAUUUGGAGGUGUCGGAUUCGAUGGGCGAUCGCAUCAUUUGUGUGGUGCCGGCAUUGACAGGACACUUUGAUCAUAAGAUCAGGGAAGUCUUGAUCCAUUCCGAUAACUUCUUCCAUGAUGGCCCCGAGGGCACCGCGUCGAAAUUGAGCGACGGUCAACCACUGAGCGGUGCUAGUGUGCAGAUUCGCUCCGUCACCAAGUACAUGGUUGCGCGACUCCAAUCUGCAGGCACCGCAGAGCAGGCUCUGUACAUUAGUGAUGACACGAAUGUGUGGCACCGGGCCGAAUUCGGAAAGCACCGCAUCGAGGAGGAUGCCUAUACCUUGUUGGAAAGCACCAACUACAGCAUUCAGAUUGACGUGCAAACCACCUGGCACGAUAACCGCAUGGGUAGCCUUUGGUCUUCCAACUCGAAUGGUACCUACUUCACUCGAAACAUUGAGCACACAAACCAGGAUCUGAACGGUCUGGUGGACUUUGAGAGAGUCACAGACAUUCAGGGUAUCACGAUUGUCAACACUGUUAAGAACUGGGAGGAGGCAUCAAAAUCCGAUUCCAAGGAGAAGAAACUUAUCAGUAGUAUUAGUUUUGACGAUGCGCGAACUUUCCAGUCUCUCAAGGCUGAUGGCGACGAGCUGCACAUCCACUCGAUGACAACAUAUGUCGCGCUGCGCGAGAUCCCCAUGCCUGAUCACCGGAUGUUCUCUAGCCCGGCACCUGGCUUGGUCAUGGGUGUUGGUAAUACUGGAGGCCACCUCAAGGAAUACUCCGAGGGUGAUCUCUAUGUAUCCGACACCGCGGGUCUCACCUGGCGUCACGCACUUAAGGGCCCACACCGUUUUGAAUUCGGUGACCAGGGAGGUGUGAUUGUGGCGGUUGCUGAUGGCACUAAGACCAAGGAGGUCAAAUUCUCCAUCGAUCAUGGUAAAGAGUGGGAGUCCUUCAAAUUGGAGGAUGAGAUCAGGCCUUUGUAUUUGAUCACGACACCGGAUUCGACCAGUCUGAAGUUCGUUCUGGUUGGAAUCUCGGCUGAUGACAAGAUCAUUAUGUAUUCUAUUGAUUUCGACAACCUCCACGAGCGCCAGUGUGGAUCAGGAGAUCUCGAAGAGUGGACCGCCCGUCUCAACGAAAAAGGCGAAGCAGAUUGCCUAAUGGGCCACAAGCAGUUCUACUACCGCCGCAAGGCCAACGCGGAUUGCUUCAUCAAGAAGGAAUUCACCAUCUCUGCCCCCGAAUUCAAGCCUUGCAAGUGUUCUGCGGAGGACUUUGAGUGUGAUUACAAUUUUGUCCGCAGUGAAGACCGCAAAGAAUGUGUCCCAGCUGUCUCCCUGACGCCUCCGGCUGGCAAGUGCAAGGACUCUGACGACAAGUACAUGGGUCCUUCAGGGUGGCGUCUCAUCCCCGGCAACGCAUGCAUCCGCGAUGGUGGCGAAGACCUCGAGCGCGAGGUUGAGCGUUCUUGCUCGAAUGUCACCGCCCCGAUUGUUGCCGAUGGCAAACCUCGUGCUGGAAAGCCGCAUUCGAUCUCUGCCAAGGAGACCGUUUACUUCUACCUCGAACGACAAGCCAGUAACAGCGGAGAUGAUGAGACUCUUAUGAUGCUUACGGAUAAGUUCGAGCUUUUCAAAUCGCACGACCAUGGCCGGACUUGGGAGAAAGCUAUCAAGGACCAUGACGUUAAAAUUAUGGAGAUGGUUCAGCAUCCAUACUUCAGUGAUGCUGCCUUCUUCCUCACCGAUAAAAAGAAGAUUUACUAUACCAUCAACCAUGGAAAAUCUUUCCACUCCUUCGAGGCACCCUCGACGCCAACCAAGGAGCCCCUUAUUCCUCUCAGAUUCAAUGAGAAGUACCAGGACACACUUAUCUGGAUUGGCAAUGAGAGCUGUGAGGGUAAGAACUGUCGCUCGGAGGCAUACAUUACCGAUAAACGGGGCGCUAGUUGGGACCCGAUGCUUAUUGGUGUCGGUAAAUGUGACUUUGCAUUCCAAGAGGGUCGGGAGAACAGCACAAAGCUCAUUCUCUGCGAACAAUAUGAGAAAGAAGAAACGGCCAACAACCGACAGCUGGUGAUCAGUGAUGACAAUUUCUCUACGAAGAAGACCCUCUUUGAGAACAUCGCCCAUUACGGAACCAAGGACAAGUUCAUUGUCACAGCUUGGUACAGUGGAAACCAGAACAUGUAUCUGAAUGCCAGUGUCAGCGUGGAUGGUCGCACCUUCGCGGAUGCCCAUUUCCCCUUCAACAUUGACGUUCCCUCUUAUACAAUCCUCCCCAGCUCCCCACACGCACUAUUCCUGAUCGUGGAGGUCUUCAAGGCCGAAGGACGUAGCUACGGGUCCUUGGUCAAGAGCAACAGCAACGGUACCUACUUUGUUUCCAGCCUCGAGGCUGUCAACGUGAAUGACAGAGGUAAUGCCGACUUUGAAAAGAUGGAGGGGUUGGAGGGCGUGCUGCUCGCCAACGUCGUGGCCAACAAGGACGAAGUGAAGGCCAAGGGAGCUGGCAAAAAGGUGCGAUCUCAGAUCACCCACAACGACGGUGGCCAGUGGAUGCUACUGGCUCCUCCUUCCAAGGGUGUCGAUGGCAAAAAGUUUGGCUGUUCCGUCACGGAGGGCAAGGGCACCGAGCAGUGUGCGCUUCAUCUACACCUUUACACGGAGCGUCGCGACGACCGUGAUACUUUGGAUUCCGGUUCUGCGAUCGGCUUGAUGCUCGCCCAAGGCAACGUCGGCGAGUAUCUCGGCAAGAAGGAAGAAUCUGACACUUUCCUUACCAGGGAUGGCGGUAUCACCUGGACUCAGGUCAGUAAGGGACGGUACCAGUGGGAAUAUGGUGCCGCCGGCUCUGUAAUUGUCCUCGUCAAAGACCAACAGGCCACCAAGGUCGUGCACUAUUCCCUGGACGAGGGCGCCACCUGGAACGAGUUCCAGUUCUCGGAUGCCGAAAUGGUCAUUGACGAUAUCUCAACCGUGCCCUCUGACACCUCGAAGAACUUCCUGCUCUGGGGCACAGACCCUAAAACUUCCGGCAAGCGUGUGUCUAUCCCUCUCGACUUCAGCGCCAUCUGGAGCAGAGACUGCAAGGAUGAUGAGAACGACUUUGAGAUCUGGACCCCUAGCCACCCUCUCCAGGAAGAGAACUGUCUUUUCGGUCAUGUCGAGCAGUACCACCGCAAGAAACCGACAGCGGAGUGCUGGAACCCCUGGCGCACGCCUCAUAUUCACAGCAUUGGCCGGAACUGCACUUGCACCCGCGCUGAUUUCGAAUGUGACUACAACUACGAGAUUCAAAAUGACGGUAGCUGCGGUCUGGUCCCCGGCCUCCCCAAGCCAGACCACAGCGCCCAGUGCAAGGAAGACCCCGAGAUGGUCCAGUACUGGGAGCCAACCGGAUACCGCCGCAUCCCACAGACAACCUGUGAAGGCGGAUUCCUUCUAGACCAGGACGUCUCCCACGCCUGCCCGAACAAGGAAGACGAAUAUAACAAGCAGCACGGCAUCAGCGGUGUCGGUCUCUUCUUCGCAAUCGUCACUCCGAUCGCAGUCGCCGCCGGUAUCGGGUACUACGUGUACACACACUGGGACGGCAAGUUCGGCCAGAUCCGUCUGGGCGAAGGCGGCAGCGUCAGUUCGAGCUGGCUUUCCAGGGAUUCCGUCCUAGUCGCAGUGCCCGUGGCAAUCAUCGCUGGUGUUGUCGCGGUCGGUCAGUCCCUACCUUUGUUGGCUAAGAGCCUUUGGCGUACCGCGUCUGGCUGGUUCCGUUCCAGUGGCCGGGGAUACCAGCGGCCUUAUUCGACGCGUGGCUCGUUCGCAGCACGUCGGGGUGAUUACGCUCAUGUUGUAGACGAUGAGGAUGAACUACUUGGUGCUGAUGACUUUGAUGAAGAUGAGGAGGCAUGA